AAUCAUCUGAUUAGAAAACUAAAAACUUAGUCAUGGUUUUCUUGAGCAUAUAAAAAGGAAGCUAUGAAGUUUCCUCUCAUCAGUUUAUUUCCGGCUUUCCAAUUUACAGGAAUCAUGAAAAUCUUUUUCCCUCUCGCUCUUUGCUUGAGCCUGGCUCUGCUAACCGACUCACAGACAUUAUUUGGUCUAACUUUAACUGCUGCCCAAGCCACAGCUCUAGGCGUUGCAGGAUUAGGUGGUGCUGUGUUGGCUGGUGGAGCACUGGGAGCCGGCGCUGCAGCAGCUGUAAACGCUGCUAGAGGUCGUGGUCGAUCCCAAAGCAGAAGCAGAAGUAACGGUCAAGGGAGAUAUAACUACCAUAACCACUUUAGAGGGAAACGAACAGCUCUUCCUGGAGAAGCUUCCAGUGAGGGAACUGAUGUAAACAAUGCAGUUCAGAUUCUCUGGGAGAUGGAUGUAAAAAACUGUGGGGCUAGAUACCUAUGUGAGAUUGGAGCCCUAGCGGUAGAACAGAGAACUAUUCAAGAAGAAGCUGCGCUUAGUCUUUUCCAGGGCGGAGUUCUGCCUGGGGAGAGGGGUAUGUUAGCUUUCCAACAAGCUGCUAAACUAGGAACUCACUUCAAAGACCCAAAAUUGUGUGCAGAAAGAUUUGCAAGCUGCAGUUUUGAAGACCAAAAAAAUGCUAACAAUAAGGAUCUGAGCAACUUUGUAAACCUCUAAAAAGGCUGAAUAUAAUGUUUCCCUUUCCCUACUUGGCCCCCAUGCCAUUUUAUUUACCAAAUGUAAACACAACCUUUUUAGGAUUUAAUUUUACUGUUAUAAAAGAAUAUUACUUUGGGCAUUACAAUCUUUGUAUUUACAAAUUAAAUAAAUGUAUUAUUUUGAA